AUGACCACUUGGGAAGAGACUGAGGACUUACAUCGUCGGUUUCCAACACACCCAGCUUGGGGUCAAGCUGGCUUUCAAGGAGGAGGGAAUGUUAGGACCUAUAGGCGGGCUCGGCGGCAAACUAAGGCACAGAGGAGGAGACUUGCGCCUGACGGAAAUCCGACAGCAGCGUCGCGCGCUAUUCCAGCUAUCUAUUCGAGCCUCAGCGGGAUCGUGACAGCAGGCUUCGCCCGGCGGCUGUUGCUGCUGCUGCGGAGCUGGCAGUGCUGGCGCGGCCGCGGCGUCGGCGUUCGCGGCGACCAGACCCUGGAGGAUGCCGACAACGAGGUUAGGGUCGGCGGGGUCGACGCGGAAGGCGAAGAGCAGCGGCGGCGGCAUCAUCGUUGCGUGCCGGAAGAGCCUUGUGUCAGUGGCUCGGGGCUCGGGCUGCUCGAUCGGGAUCCGUGA